AGCGCGAGCGGAGCCGGCGGCCCGGACAAGGAGGGCGCGCGCGCUGGGGGCUGGAGACGGAGAGUGACAGAGAGAGGGAGAGACACAGACACAGAGAGCGGGGCCGCUCGCUCGCUCGCUCACAGUUGAACGAUUUCUUCCCUCCAUCCCUACAAACAUUGUGAGGAAGGAUCCCAACCCGAAACAUCACCUUUGUACCUAUGUAUUGAAUAUAACAUCUCCAAGUUUGCGGAAGACACAAAGCUGGGUGGCAGUGUGAGGUGCAAGAAGGAUGCUAUGAGGCUGCAGGGUGACUUGGAUAGGUUGGUGCCUGCUCUCCAGUCGGCCAACUCCAUCUGACACACGUGCAGCCAUGUCCCAGGUGACGGGUUUCCGAGUGGGCGCCGAGUUCUCGAGCUACAGCGAGCUGCACCGGGAGUUCCGCCGCUACCAGAGGGACAACUCCGUGCAGAUGUGGACCAGGCACUCGCGGACCAUCGAGGCGCAGCGGCGACGGGCACCCAAGCGCCCGAUGAACAUUGCGCUGAAGUUUGCCGAGAUCGACUACGCAUGCGUUCACGGCGGCAAGUUAUUCAAGACCAAAGGAUUCGGCAAACGGCCAAUCCAGAGAACCAACAAGAUGAAGUGUCCGUGUAUCAUUAAAGUCCGUCUUUCUGCAGAUGGAGACAAGUUUGUGGUGAAAGAGAUGAAUGAAUCGCAUAAUCACACAGUGCCGCAGGAAGAGGAGGAGAGGCUCCAGCACCAAAGGCUCUGUGUUAAAGCGCUGCGCGUGGACACCACUUCCAUCGUCUCGCUGCGGAGUAAUGGAGCGGGUGUCAAGGUGCAGCUGGGGGAGGUUGCCGGCAAGAUGCUCGCUGACGAGGAUGCCCAUAGCCCCGCACGCAAGGAGAAAUGUGGCCAGUUCAAGGUCAACAAAACCGACUUGGAGAAGAUGGUGCCCACACUGGCGGCCGUCAAGGACGGCACGGUGGUGAUGGUGGUGAACAAGGCCAACAUGUUGCAGGCCAUCUACUACCAGGACGGCCGCAUGAAACAGACCUUCGAGAGGUUCCCCGAGGUGCUGCUGGUGGGCGCCACCUACAGCUGGGCGGGCCUGCAGCUGCCCACCUACCUGCUGCUGGCCAUCAACGGCAACGGGGAGAGCGAGCUAGCGAGCCUGUGGUUCUUGCAGAGCGAGGAGCGCGGGACCGUCCGGCAGCUUCUCCGCAUCUUCAGGCAGAAGAACCCGGCGGCGGAGGGAACGCGGGCGGUGGUGGUCGGCAGCAAGGUGUGCAACGGGGAGCUGGUGACCGAUGUGCUGCCCCACUGCAAACCGCUGGCCUGCCUCGCCCACACCCUGAGCGUCUUCCAGGACCAUGUGACCACCGAGAAGCUGCACCUGACCGCCGGGCAACAGAGCCAGCUGCUGCAGAUCCUGCACAGUAUGUGUUACGCGACGUGGACAGAGGACUACGACCUGCUGUACCGCCAGCUGCUGGACUCCAACGCGGAGAGUGCCGUUGACUACUUCCACAAGACGUGGCACGGGUCGCGCCGCCAGUGGGUGGAGGGCUUCAAGCACGAGAACGAGAGCUACCUCACCAGCUCCCUGCAGCGGGUGCAGGCGCUGAGCCAGAGGCUGGCGGCCAUGGUCGAGGACUUCUCCAACGUGACCUCCUUCACCCGGGACCUCCUGAAGGCCGUGGACACGGUGCGGGCAGAGUGCGACCAGCGGGUGUUGCAGAGAGCGCCUCCUGCAGGGCUGGAGGACAACUCCGUCGAGUCUUUCUACCGGGAGCUGCUCACCGACUUUGCCUUCCGCCGGGUGCAGAGGGAGCUGGAGGAAGCGGAGUGGGUCUCCUUCCUCAGUGUGGAGGCCGAUAGGGCCUGGCCCGUGUGUCGGCGCCGGGCCCUCGUGACGGACCAGGCCAGCUGCCAGUGUGCCUUCCGUACCUCCAUGAGGCUCCCCUGCCGGCACGUCCUGGCUCUCCGGCGGCGGCUGGGCUCCGACCUCUUCGAGCCCUCGCUCUGCGCCGGGCGCUGGACGCAGGAGCACUUCCUCGGCGGUCAGUUCCCACCCGCGUCACUGAGGGAGCGGGACAAGGUGCAGCAGGAGCGGUACCGCCAGGCCUUCAAGGUAGCUCGCAAACUAUCCUCCCUCGCCACCCGGUGUCCGGCCGAAGACUUUGGCAGGUGCCUGGAGGUUAUGACGGCCGUCACCGACAUCUGGGCCAGAGGUGGCCAGGUGCAAGUCACCGAAAUCAAUGUGACUGGUGCAACAGAGCAAGAAUCGUCGUCUCCAGCCACCGAGGCAAGUUGAAGACGUGCGUAAGAACUGAUUUCAGAUCUGAGUGACUGACGCUCACAGUCACAAUGAUUCACCGAGAUCCCAGUAAUCAGGAUCUAAGUUGGUUUCUCUUCAUACCCCCAUGUGUGUUACGCUUGUGUGUCUGAGUGUGUGUUUGUGUGUGCAGAUGCACCUAAUGAACACUGCCAUACAUUGAUCACCAUUGAUAAUAAACUGUCGCUCGG